CUGACAAUCGCCUUUGCCAUCACAUCUGCCGCAUCUCAAGGGGCAUAUCAUACCAAGGCAAGAGAAUCCAUCUGGUGACUGAGGCCGCAUUCCACCAUGGCCUCGUCUCUGGCGUCGCAGCUCUCGGGCUUGCGGUCGCUCAACGCCUCUCGCCUGGCCUCGGCCUCGGCUCUCACCACCCACGCAUCCUACCUCUUCCCGCCACGCACGGCAGCCUCACAGGAUCUCGACACCGUCUACUCUCUCGGUGAGACGGGCUUCAAUGAGCUCAUCCUCGAGGAUGCCGCUUUUGAGAAGUGGCCUGGCGGACAAGCUCUCUUCGGGCCCGCGGCAAAGUCCACAGAUCGAACUAUGCUGGGAGGCGAGGAGAAUACCGCUCUGAAUAGGACCAUCGAUGAGUUCCUCGAGCUGGUCAGCCCAGUGAUACUGAGCAAGAGCGCUGCAAAGUGUCUCGAAUGGCUCGUCAGGAGAUUCAGGAUACACGACUUCAACUCGCUCGCAGUGCUUCGGGUCUUCUUGCCAUACCAUCAGACGCCUCAAUUCGCUCGCAUGAUCCACAUCCUCGACCUCUCAUCUCAGCCCUACCUCUCCUUCCUGCAACCUCUGCAAAAGACUACGCAGCCGCUGCCAUCUUCUGUCCUUCUCUCUGCAAUGCUUGCUCCGCCCAGCUCUUCCCACUCUCUCGAUCUCAUCCGCUUCGUUACCCAAAGCUUGACCAGCUCGUCGAGCUCCAACAUCCCUCAGCGCCCACAAGUUCUCUUCUGGUCCUCUACGCUGGUCCAGCUCUGCACCCGUCUGAGCGGUGUCACGAGUGGAGUGGAGACCUCAAUGGGGAUGGCGAGCUCCGCAAAGAAGCGCAAAUCUGGAGCUAGCGCCCAGGUCAAGCAGGACGCUGAGCAGCUCGUUUUGAGCAUCAUCCUUCCAGCGGCCCUGUCUGCUGCCACCUCCAAUGGUCUCGGAGCUGAGGCGCAGGUGGCCGGCACUCUUGUACUCUGUGCAAUUGGCGUCUCGUUCCAUCUCAGCGCUGACGCCGCCGCAACAACGAUCUCUGAGCUCUGGCAGACGUUCCCCGGCGCCAAGCCUAAUGUCCGUCACUUCCAAGCUUACCUCACCGCCUCGGCGGCCUUGAGCAGCAACGUUGGUCCAGAUGACCUCAGUAAGCUCAUCUCGGCCAACACUGCACGGGGUCUGUUGCGUCACCGCAGUCUAGCUUCGGAUCUGGCGAGCCUGAGUGAAAGCUAUGAUAUUGCGCCUUUCUUGGCAAGUGUCUUCGAAGCCUUUGCCAGGUUGAUUACCAGCGACGACGAACAGCUGGCCGAAACGGCUGUCAGAGCGAUGAGAGGUCUCAUUAGCCUUUCUGCUGAGCAAGGCGGUCUUCCUUCAUCAACUUUGGAAGCAUUCAUUGCAAAAGUCGCUCUCCAGAGCGCCGAGCCGACACCUCCUCUGCUCAGAGUCCUGGCCACCUGCCGUCAGUCACGUCCAGAAGCCUGGAAUGCAGCUCUGCGUCCAUUUAGUGGUCCAAGUGCUACCGAGGCCAACAAGACCCGGGUCAAUGACAUCCUCUCGCAGCUCAUGACACUAGACAUGGCCAACUCGGGAAUUGCUCCUUCCUCAAGCUCUUCUGUAGAGUGGUUGAAGCUCAACUCCACAGAGUCCAGUCAGCGAGCUCUUGCUCUGGAGGCCUUCAUGAAAAGUGUCACCGAGUCUGCGUCUGACAUCGACUCGUCUGCGAUUCAGGAGGCUCUUCUACCACGUCUGGCUGAUGACGACGAAAGUGUCCUGAAGACCAUCUACUCUUCGAAUGGCCAGAUCUUGCUCAACACUGUGACCUCGUCCGACGCCCUUCUCAAGCCCAUCGAGACGACGACAGCAUCCUCGUCCGUAUCUUCAGCUGCUCUGCGCGCCCACGUGCAAUUCCUGCUUGGACCAUUCCUCUCUCGCCAUCCCAAAGCUAGCAAUCGUGUUCUCCGCAACGUUCUUUGGUCUCGUCUUCUCACAACGAAGAGCAAUAAGAAAGAAGCAACGGUACUGCGUCAAGUCAUUCAGAAGACCGACAGCGGCAGUCCGCUGGGCGCUCUCUUCCAAAAGAUGAAUGUCGCAGAAAAUGAUUCGACUGAGCAACCGGCAAAGGCCAAUAAGUCUGUCGUCAGCGCGCUGGCUCGUUGGAUCAAUGAUGCCGAGAGCGACAGUCACUGGGUCUCGCACGUCUCGUUCUUGUUCUUCACCCUCUCACCAGUCGAGUCAAAUCCGGCUCAGGCCAGCGCAAAGGCGUUGAGCCUCCUUGUCAUCAACGAGAUGCUACGUCUCACCUCGGGUAGCUCUAGAUUCGAGCCGCUCGUUCGUCGGCUGUUGCAGGCCGCCGAGACUUCGCAAUCUCUCCUGACUGCCAGCGCAGACUACUCGCUGCUGGGAAGUGAAGUACACGAAAAGGCCUGGCAGAUCCUCCAGGAGCGCCCGAGCAAGGCGCACGGCCUCCUCUUCUGGCAGGCGCUCGUAAUUGCUGCUCAACGCCUCGACCUCAAGAGCUCAACUGGCGAAGCGCAUCUCCUUGGCAUGUCGCCUGAAGAUGCCAGCCGUCACGUCGCAAUUGCUCGUCAGCUGUACGUGCUAGCCAAUCACUACUCAUUCGACCCUCAGGCUAGCCGAGAGCUGCUUGCAGCCCUCUUUGCUCAGCUGGGUGAAAAUGCUGGAGCGUUUUUGGCCGGGCUCUGCUCGACGGAUGAGAAGGAUGAGGCUUUGACGAUUGCUGCACUCAAGCAUCUCAGGGCUUUCCUCUCCGCUUACUCCAAUGACAAGACAUCUCACAUGCGAGACUUCCAGGUUCUACUCCCCACUCUAUUGAUCGCCUUAGGCCAUCCUUCCGCCACUGUCCGUCAAGGAGCUUUGGCAUGCCAGCAGCUCAUCAUGCUUAUGGCCAAGGACGGCUCCGCCUCGGCUUCGUCGAGCGAAGUCGAGGUUUGGGGUUAUGACGGCAUCUACGGCUCCGCUUCGGAGCCGCUGAAGUACCUCGACUGUGCUUCGACAUACCGAUUCUGCUUCGAAUUGUCGAAUCAUGCCGAGUCUCUCACAAACGAUGCCUCAUUCGUGUCUUCCCUCCUUGGCGGUCUCCUGACGCCGAGCAAAGGGCAGGACAAGAAAGAAGUCAACUUCAAGCGAAGCGUAACCGCUUACUUGCUGUCACACUUGGACGCCUUGCCAUCUUACAAGACGAAGCUAUCUCUCCUCCGUGUCCUCUCCAAGGUGCGAGAUUUGACGAAGCUGCAGUCAUUAAUGCGCUCGAUUGGCGAGGUCGCGGCAUCCGCAGAGACUUCGUCCCCAUUGUUCAACGGCCAACUUGAUGCAGAGGAGAGCGCAGAGUUCUCUGCGUUGCUCUUCGAGGCUUUCGACAAACGUUCAAAGCCGGUGUUGCAAGACAGUGCGACUGGCGCUUUCUCCCUCUUGAUCAAGAGUAUCUCGUCUUGGCAAACGCUCGCCUGCAAGAACGCGGCUCAGGCGAUUGCGCGAGUCUACCCUGUUCUAUCACCAGAGCUACGUAGGGAGGCGGUGGAGUCAAUGAUCAACGUCCUUGCCAAGCCAGACUUCCGAGCGCCUGCUGAGAUCCGACAGGCUCUUGCCUCCGUCGAGAUUGACGCCAGCGUCCUUACGCUGCUCUUCGCCCAGCUCCGUUCGAAGAUCUCGACACGUUUGCAUGGUGCGGCCGAGGGUCCAACAGCCAAGAAGAGUAGAACGACGGAUGAUGACCAGUCUGUGAAUACCAGCGCGGCUGUGUUGGGCGAGCUGCUGGAGUCGAGUUUGUCUCACCCCAUGUCGCCCAACGGACCCCUGAUUCUGGAGCUUUUCGAGGAUCUGCGAGUUGUUGUCGACAUCCACUCGUCGAAGAUCAUCAACGGCGACUACCUCUUGCACCUGUGCAUGAGCAAUCUGAACAAACUUCUGGAGUCUGCGGUGCCCACCAGUGAUAUCGUGCAAUCAGUGCGAGUCGAUACAGUUGUCAAUGUCAUCAAGGCCUCUAGCAACCCGUCUACAUUCCAGCAAGCCCUGCUGUUGCUGUCCAUGGUCGCAGGUCUCGCUCCCGAGCUUGUGUUGCACAGCGCGAUGCCGAUCUUCACUUUUGUCGGAUCGACGGUCUUGCAAAGGGACGACGCCUUCAGCUUCACCGUCGUCGAGCGGGUACUGCAGAGUAUCCUGCCUCCACUCGUCAAGUCGCUCAAGAGCCGUGGAGAUGCCAGCAAGUCUUCAUUUGCCUUGCUCAAAGCUUCCCGCCCCUUCUUGUGCAUUUUCACUGACUCGGCUACCCACGUACCUCGUCAUCGUCGUCAGAACUUUUUCCAGCUACUGGUCGAGGUAUUGGGACCAGAGGACUACGCCGCCGCCGUCUCUAUGCUCCUCGUGGAUCGAUCUGCGCACAAGAUCGCAAGACAGACAAGAGGCGAGGCUGGAUCUAGUUUGCAGUUGCCGCUCGGUGUCUUCGGUGCUCAGACGGGUCCUGUCCAGCUGCAGGCACUCAAUGAAAUUUGGCAGGAGGUACUGAGGCUCUGGGAAUCGAAGGACCAUGAUGUUGCUGACAUGACCGAGCAAGUCUUCCUAGACAGACUCAGCAAUAUCAACAGCGAGCACUCGGAGCGACAGGUGAAUGCCAAGACUCAGGUGCUGGCUCUACUCUGCUUCAUCAAGGCCGCCCUUGCUUCUUCGCGAGGGCUCGCCGGCAGGCAGACACUGGCCACUGCAGAUGCUGCAUACCACUUUUUCGUGGAGAGUGCUUUGACAAUGGCACAGUGCCAGGAUGACAGUGUCGCGGCUCUGGCGCGUGAUACUCUCGAGGGAGUCAUGGCCCUCAUUCCCAUUCCUCUCUUCAUGAGCAUUGUUGAGCAACUGGUGUCGCAAGCUGAUGGCAGACAUGCAAGCAGCGGCUUCCACUUGGUUGCUACCCGACUCUCUUCGGCCACAAAAGCAGAAAGGGAGACUGCGGCCAACUCUAGCUGCAAGAUCAUCGAUGCUGCUCGAAGCCAGCUUGGUUCAAGUGACGCAGCUGGCCGCCCUGCCGCCCUUGCAGCCAUCGAAAUCUUGUCGGCUUCUGCUAAGCCGCAGGAGUUGUCCUCUCUGGGUCAGGUACUGUCCGUCAUAUUGACAUUGGCCAAAGACAGUGCUCUGCCCUCAGGUGAGCGACAGAAGACUUUCUCUAUCCUGCGAAGCCUUGCUAGUGCUCUGGGACCGAGACUGAUUGCGCACCUUAAGCCUUUGGUCGAGCUGUGUCUCGCUAAUGCGGUCAAUGCAGCGAUGCCGGUUACCAUUGUCGUCCGAUCUUUCGAGACCUUGGAUAAUCUGUUCAAGUUUGUGACCACCUUCAUGGACUCGCAUCUGAGACAAGUUUUGGGUGCGUUCAGCAACAGUCAUUUGCGAAGCUCACUGGAUGAGCGCUCUAUCACACCCACUGGCAAGUCGCUCAACCGCCUCUUGACCACCAUUAUCAAGCGCAUGCCAUCCGAGAAGCUCUUCGCUUGCAUCUUCGACCUUUGGACUGAAGUGUCGAAGGCCAGCAACGGCGCAGAGUCCUCUCUAGCCGUGCUCACACUGCUCAACAAGGCGCUUAGUCAGACAGACCGAGCUGGCAUUUCAGCCAACUACAAAGCUGUCUUCCGCUUUGUCCUGCAAGUGCUCGAUCUUCGCCGCCUCACCAAGACGAUGGCGCUGCGAGACGUCAAUGCCGUUGAGGAUGCUACUGUGCGCGUCUUUGUUCGACUGGUUCUCAAGCUCAAUGAGACGACGUUCCGACCACUGUUCCUACGCAUCUACGAUUGGGCAGCGCUUGAUCUGGUCGAGGAGAGCGAUGGAGAGCUUCCUGUCAACGACGUCGGUCUGGUUGCGCGCCGAAUUGCACUCUACAAGAUCAGCAACGCCCUCUCGGACCAGCUACGAGGCCUGGUGUCACAUUACUACUCGACCCUCCUGGAUCUCACAAUCGAGCUUCUAGCUGCCUUCCGCGCACGUGAGGUGCAGAAUGCUGAGCUGUGGUCUGCCGUGGUGGCCAGCGUAGCCAAGUCUGCCGCACACGACGAGGGCACCUUCUGGAACCCAUCGCGUCUCUCCAAGCUUACGCCCGCAUUUAUCGGCCAGCUCUCCAUGCGCAACCCUGAGCUCUUGCAGAACCUCGCGGGCUCGCAUGGCAGUACUGGGCACGAGGAGGUGACGCGUGCGCUGGCUCCCGCUGUGGCCCAGCUGGCUAGGACAGUACCAGACGAGGCUUCGCUCAAGGUCCUCAACUCGGCACUCCUGACCCAGUUGCGUAUCGACGAAGUGCCCACGCGCGUAGCCGCACUUGACGUUGCCACAUCCAUGUGGUCCGAGACGACCCUCGCGGCGGUCCUACUCGGACUUGUGCCGGAGACUGUACCGCACAUUGCUGAGCUGAUGGAGAGUGACGAGACGGAGGUGGUGGAUGGGACAAGGGCAUUUAUUGCUGCUGUGGAGAGGGUAUUGGGAGAGCCGCUGGAUAGCUAUUUGCAGUAGUGGAGUGUCGGGUCUACUGUACGCUUGUUGUCAAUGCAGCGGGUCACCUACUUGUCAGACCGUUGAAUUCGAUGUGAAUCAUACGGCACCCCUCACGACUUUCAGUACUGCCCCGCAGCAUCAAGCCAGUGUCAUUGUUCACGAAAACGAUUUGAGACAAAGAGCGAAUUCCGCCAAAGCUGCAGUGGGCAGUGUACAUCAACCAACGACGAUACUACUUUGUACCAUCAGGAGCAUGUCGAGGGGGAGUGAUGGACGGAGAUCUUCUUGUUCUUGAGGUCUUUGUCACUUUUCGGAAGUCUUGGUGGCCAUCUGCAGAGUGGAGAAGGAUAGUCAGGUUCGUGAAAGUGAAAGGUCAGUACGUCAACAUGCUAGGGCUGGAUAGCUGCAGAAGGAGAGAGGCCAAAUUCCCACGCCUCAUCACUUGCCCUUCCCCACCUACUGCCGCCAAG